UAUUUUCAUGUUUUAUUUUUAAUACAACUCUAUUAAAAAAAUACAACUUAUAUUAUUAGUCCAGGUCUAUUCCAACCUUUUCAAAUGUUUCUCAUUUUUAGGAAAAUAUCCCAAAGUAAUGUUAAACAUGUUGUCGCCAAGAAUUAUGAAAAUCAAGUCUUUAUAUUAUCGUCCAGGAAAUUGAGUAUUGUUCCGUCUGUAUAUGAUGGAGAGAAAGAUCCAGCACCUAAAUUCUUUUCAACAAAUGUGCAAGUACUGUUGAAACGAUUGACACGACCGGAUUUCGCCAAAGUAUUUAGAAAAAGAAAAAACCAUGAUAUGCCCAUACUUCGCACACCCACCUACAAGUUUUUAACAAAUGAAGAGCUGGAAGCAGAGAUUGUAAAGGCUAAUAAUAAAGCAGAAAAAUUGUUACAAAUGCCACCUGUUGUGAAGACAAACCAACCAAUUAAUGAUGUAUUGUCUGAAGAUCCAGCACUAGUUGGUUAUGACACAGCAAAGUAUCUAUUUACAGAUAUCACAUUUGGUGUUGCCAAUGAGCACAGAAUUAUUGUAGAAAGGGAUCCUGAUGGCAUACUUCGCAGCUGUGAUUAUGACUUACGAAAAAGGUUGAAUCAGGUUUACUUUCCAAUUCAAGGACGUAAAAUAAGAGAGCCACAGAUGUUUACUGAUACUGAGAAACUGAACAGUCUGCUCGAAAGACAGGAGUACGAGUUUAUAUUAGAUAGAGCCUGUUUACAAUAUGAACCAGAUGAAUUUUCAUACCAGAAAGUCACAAGUAUUACAUACCAACAUGUUGAUAUGAAUACUAAUUACAGCUUAUUAAGGUCCACAAGACACUUUGGUCCUAUGACAUUCUACUUGACGUGGCAUUCUAAUAUUGAUAAUCUCAUGCUGGAGUUACUACAAUCGGGGGCAAUCAGAGAAGCAGUUUUACUAGUAGCAUUACGACAUGAGAUUCUAACUGAUAUAACCAAUGGCGAUAAGUUACAAGCUAUUGUACAACAGAUCCUACCGACGCCAGUGCAAUUAACAAAGCCAGAAUGUCUCACAGAAGAAGACAUUCAGUUGGACAACAAGUGUGUGGAGUGCAUAGAGAAAUACGUCUUGACCAAUUCUGCUAUGAAGAGUCAGCAUGAGCUGGCACUGCAAGGUUUCAGAGAAUACUAUCAGCAUCUGAUCGAGUUAAGCCGGGGCUUACAAAUAGCCCACGGGAAAGCCUCAAAUUAAAUAAAUGUUAAUAGAUUUGUUUCAGGGACUAAAAUUAAAACUCGUCCUAUUAAAUAUUAUAAGUAGAAUAAUAAAUUAAUCAUAAUAAAUACGUUGUUAUC